AUGGUGGCUCCGGCCUCUGCUGGAGGCGCCUCUACAGGCCUGCAGCCUUCAACGAGUCGCCAACCCACUCGAUCGGCCAGCACUCACCCAUCGCAUUCUCACAAUGUUCCCUUGAGCGCUCGCAGGUCCGAACCCCUCGACUUGUCCACCGUCGAGCGCCGUGGACAAUCCAAUGCCCCUCGCGAACCGAGUACACGAGUGCGCCCCCAUGGAUUACAAGAGGCACCCACCUUCCGGCCGACAGAGGAGGAGUUUAAGGAUCCCGAGGCAUACAUCCGCAAGAUCGCGCCGGAGGGGAAGAAAUAUGGAAUUUGCCGGAUCAUUCCGCCUGAGAACUGGCAACCAACGUUUGCUAUAGAUACAGAGCGAUUCCAUUUCAAAACCCGUCGGCAGGAGCUCAACUCGGUUGAAGGAGGUAUGCCCCCGCGCUCAGCCAAACAAGCUGCCGGUGGAGCUCCGCAGCCCAGUUCUGACGCGGACUCAGGAACUCGUGCAAACUUGAACUACCUCGAUCAAUUGGCCAAGUUUCACAAGCAACAUGGCACCAACCUCAACCGAUUUCCGAGCGUCGACAAACGUCCGCUUGAUCUGUACAAAUUGAAAAAGGCGGUGGAGGUCCGUGGUGGCUUUGAUCAAGUCUGCAAGAUGAAGAAAUGGGCCGAGAUUGGGCGCGACUUGGGCUACAGUGGCAAAAUCAUGUCCUCGCUCUCCACAUCGCUUAAGAAUUCGUAUCAAAGAUGGCUUCAGCCAUACGAAGAGUAUCUGCGUGUGGCCAAGCCCGGGGUUCAGCAACAAUUGGAGCUGGAACAUGGUGGUCCUUAUACACCGUCCCCGAACCAUUCCCCCAUGCCCAAAAAGCCCGUAUCACUUGACAGCGCCACGCCAUCGGCCACGCCUCAGCCCGCACCGAGCAAUCCAGUUGCGCCCCCAAGUGCGGCAAAGGAGGUCGAGGCAACCCCAGAGAAGCCCACACCGCCCAUCGAGCCUGCUCGGCCGAUCGCGUCUGGAUUUACACCCGUGAACGCUGGCUCGAGUGGUUUCACUGCCGUCAACCGAUCACCAUCUUUUGUGGCUGUGAAUAGUGGCCCCGCCGUGAAGCGGGAAGCCGACAAUGGCUCUCUCACUCCAAAGAGUAUCGCUGAGCAUCCGGCCAAUCCAAGCGCCGCUUCCAAUGGCCAUGCGGGUCCGCCAAUGAAGCGCGCGAUCAGCCACGAGAGUGCAUCGCACGCUGAAAACGGUGAAGUUGAUGCUAAUGGUCGACGGAGCAAGCGACUUCGGAAAGAUGCGCCCCUGCCCACUGUAUCGGGCUCACACAUGAGCCUCCUGCGUCCUGCACCACCUCGGCAACGCAAGAGCGAUCACCGGAAGACGGGUGAUAAAUGCGAAAUAUGUGGCAAAUCGGAGGAACGCUCGUCGAUUCUAGUGUGUGAUAGUUGUGAUCAUGGGUAUCACAAAUCCUGUCUCGAUCCACCCCUGACCACGGUCCCUGAGUAUGACUGGCAUUGCCCCAAGUGCCUGGUCGGUACCGGCGAAUUUGGCUUCGAAGAGGGCGGCGUGUAUUCGCUCAAGCAGUUUCAAGAGAAGGCGAACAACUUCAAGAAAACCUACUUCGCCUCCAAGAUGCCUUUCGACCCCGUGCUCAACACUCACCGGCGUGAAUCUGAGGAUGAUGUUGAGCGUGAAUUCUGGCGACUGGUGGAGAGCUUGACGGAGACGGUUGAGGUCGAGUACGGGGCGGAUAUCCAUUCAACUACGCAUGGAAGUGGUUUUCCCACCAUUGAACGGAAUCCGCUGGAUCCCUACUCGGUUGAUCCUUGGAAUCUGAAUGUGAUGCCUUUUCACGGAGACUCCCUGUUCCGCCAUAUCAAGUCUGACAUCUCCGGCAUGACUGUCCCUUGGGUCUAUGUUGGCAUGUGCUUUUCGACGUUCUGCUGGCACAAUGAAGACCAUUAUGCUUAUUCGGCCAAUUACCAGCAUUUUGGCGCCACCAAGACUUGGUACGGCAUUCCCGGGGCGGAUGCCGAGGCAUUCGAGGAAGCCAUGCGGCAGGCGGUACCGGAGCUGUUUGAGGGCCAACCCGACCUUCUGUUCCAGUUGGUCACGCUAAUGCCCCCGGAUCAACUGAGAAAGGCCGGCGUUCGGGUGUAUGCACUGGAUCAGCGGGCGGGUCAAUUUGUGAUCACUUUCCCGCAGGCAUACCAUGCCGGGUUCAACCAUGGCUUCAACUUCAACGAGGCUGUUAACUUUGCGCCCGCGGACUGGGAACCCUGGGGUGCCAUGGGGGUACAGCGACUUCAAGAUUUCCGUCGACACCCGUGUUUCUCCCAUGACGAGCUCCUUUUGACAGCUGCGGCUCGUGAUCAAUCUAUCACCACGGCUAAGUGGCUGGCACCAGCACUUCAGCGUGCCUGCACGCGGGAAUUGAGCGAUCGAGCGACGUUUGCCAACCGACAUCGGGAGCUGGCUCCGCACAAUUGCACCCUGUAUUCUGAAGACCCUGCAGCUACGGGGAAUUGUCAACUCAAGUUUGUGGUUGAGGAGGAAGACCUGCCCGAGGAUGAUUAUCAGUGCCAGUAUUGCAAGGCCUAUACUUAUCUAGCGCAGUUCCGAUGCCAUAAGACUGGGAAGACUGUGUGCCUGCCCCACGUGGAAACGUAUGAUUGUUGUGGCGAACCGCUAACACAAAGGUUAACUGGCCCGGACCACACACUGCGCUAUCGAAUAGGUGAUGAUGCCUUGAAGGCCUUAGUACUAAAGGUCCAGGAACGCGCCAGGAUCCCGGAGGCCUGGGGAGAAAAGCUCGACAAAAUGCUGGAAGACGAGCCGAAGCCCCAAUUGAAGGUCCUUCAUAACCUACUUAAUGAAGGUGAGAAAAUCCCAUACCAUUUGCCUGGUCUCCAAGAUCUCGCGGCUUUCGUCCAGCGUUGCGAUAAAUGGGUUGAAGAAGCAACCAAUUACAUUACCCGGAAGCAGCAGAACCGGAGGAAGAACGAGAAGGCGUGGCGCAAGGGGACUUCUAAAGCUGCGCAGCUGGAAGAACGUGAUCGUGAAGUUCGCAGAGUAGAAAACAUCUACGCCCUUCUUGCAGAGGCUGAUAAACUGUCGUUCGACUGUCCACAGAUGGCGGCUCUGGAAGAGAAGACCCGCGAGAUCGAGAAAUUCCGCCAGGACGUUAACGUUGCCCUCAUGAACCCCAACAUCCGAUCGGUCCAGGAAGUCGAGGAUCUGGUGGAAUCCGCGCGCAAUUUCAACGUGGAUAUACCCGAGGUUGAGGGACUAGAGCACAUACUCCGGCAAAUGAAAUGGAACGAGGAAGCCCGUCGCAAACGGGAUCGGUACCUGACCUUGAAGGAGUGUCAGGAGAUCAUCCAGGCCGGCGAGCAACUAGGACUAUCGGAGACCAACGACCACCUACUCCACUUCAAGGAUCUGUGUCGCCACGGUGAGGCCUGGGAAGCAAAAGCCAAGGAGUUGAUGUCCGUAGAAGCCGUUCACUACCAGCAACUCGAGGCCUUGUCUGCGCAGGCAUCCCGGUUCCCAGUGUCCCCUGAUACCCUGGCAGCUGUAGACGCAAUCCUGACCAAACAACGCGAAGCCCAGCGCAGGAUCCAAAGUCUGUAUGACCGGAGCCGGGAUCCGGAUUUUCGCAACCGUCCUAAGUACAAGGAAGUCCGGGAGCUCAUGGAUUCUCUGGAGGAGUUGAACAGCCGGCCCACUGGUGCGAUUGACCUUGAGCGUGAGCAAAAGCGUCAUGAGGAUUGGAUGAGGAAGGGAAAGAAAUUAUUUGGCAAGGCGAAUGCCCCGCUGCACAUCCUGAAGUCACAUAUGGAGUAUGUCGAGAAGCGCAAUUCAUAUUGCUUCGACCUGGAAGAUCGCUGUCGGCCGCCUGUCGAACCGGCAUCGCGAGAUAAUACCCCAGAUGGUUUGUUGGAAAGUACCAGCACUCCUAGUAUGUGGGGUGGUGGGAAGUCGCGGAAACGGGAUGUGUUUUGCAUCUGCAGACACUCAGAAGCUGGCAUGAUGAUCGAGUGUGAGGUUUGUCACGAAUGGUACCACGGCAAGUGUCUGAAGAUUGCAAGGGGUAAGGUCAAGGAAUUCGACAAAUACACGUGCCCGAUCUGCGACUGGCGUCAGAAGAUCCCUCGAGAUGCUGCCCGGCCCAAGUUGGAGGAUCUCUUGGAAUGGCAGGCUGAGAUUGCUGGUCUGCCUUUCCAACCAGACGAGGAAGAGAUCCUGGAUAACAUUAUCAACCAAGCCACGACCUUCCGGGACUUCCUCCACAGCUUCACCAAUGCUGCUUGUACCACUACGGAGGAGGUCCCCACGUUGAUCUUCUACCUGCGGAAAAUUGAGGGCGCGGAGGUUCUCCUGGCAUAUGAGACGAAUUUCUUCCGACAAGAGAUCCAUAAGUGGGCGCCUGUUGCCCCCGAGCCUCCGCCGAUCCUGGAACAGUCGCUCUCCACUCGGAAGCCCCGCCCCACGAAGCAGCAGAAGAUCAUGGCUCAGCUCGGCGUGGAGCGGCCUGAAGACCUGCCUCCUCACCUUCGCACUAAACAGCCCAACUUUGCCAAGCGCAAGUCAAUUGAAUCUCAGACUGGCCGCCCUUCCAUACUCCAGACGCCGGGCGACGGCUCGAAUUCGGACUCGGGCCGCAGUGGUCCUACGCUGACGCCGAUGGCGGAUGCUCCAAACCCGCCGUAUCCUUUCUCUGCAAACUACUCACUUCCUGCCACCGACUCUACCCCGGCGUUUGCACCAGGGUCCUCUGCGUUCUUACCUCAUGUUUCAGCCGACUCGCCGUCGUUCCCUCCGCGAUCUCCCACUCUACCGCACCAGGGUUUAGACACGUCCCUCUUCAGCUCUCCUCGGUAUACCCGAGACCACAAUGACGCGCCUCCUGGAGUGGAUGUGGACAGCCGUGAUCCUUUCGACAGCAGUCCUCGCCAGAACCUCGAUGAUGUGUUCGCCGACCUGACGAACCAAGAUCAGGAUCCGGACCAAGAACCUGAACCGGAGCUUAUGGAGAACACGCACGCCAACGAGGCGCUUGAGGUUCUCGACGUGAGCAACGGGGAUGAUUCUGAUGGCUUGCCUGAUGCAGACUCUCCUGAUCACAAAUUGAACGGGGACACCAACGGCCAUGCCGAGGCAGACGACCAUGCUGAUGAGCUUUGA